AUGGCGUCGGAUAACGGGAAUGGGCUCGCCUCUGCCAUCGAAGGGUCUGCGCGGUCGAGCAUCAGCACAGACGGCUCCUCAGCUGUCUACAUGGACGCGCAGGAGGAGCAGGGACAGCUGCCAGGCGCGUGGCCAGAGACGGCGACCGCUGGACGAGGAGAAAACUCGCAGGCUGGCGGGGAUGCAGAUUUGCGAACGCUCGAGGGCGCACUCGCCUCGACAUCCUUAGCCAACCCGUCGACCGGUACAGCCGCGGCAGGCGCACGAACGACGGCGCCGGUUGAUGAAGAGGUUGAAGCGCUCGCAGACGACGCGACAACGCCGACACUUCCGUCCACCUCGAGCGACAAUCCUCGCCGCAGUUCUCUGAGUCGCUCGCAUGGCGCGGACCCGACCGCCUUCCCGCCUUCGCACGCGGUGUUCCCGACUCGGCGGUCGUUCGACGGCACGAGCGUGUACAGCGGCAAAAGCCAUCCGUACGCGACGGCGAAGAACCACUUCCCGCUCGUCAAGCAGCCGAAGAAGGCGAGGGACUCGACGCCUGCCAGCCCUUCCGCCGACCCCUUCCUCUCCCCCGCUCUCUCCGACCCCGCUUCGCUUUCUCCCGCACCUUCGCCGCACCAUCCGCAUCGACGGACCUCCGUCUCUUCCGGUCUCUCCGUACCAUCGCCUCGCGCCGCUCCCUCCCCAGCCCCGCGAGAACGCACAGCCAGCGGCAGCGUCUUUCCGACAGUCCCUCGCACCAAGUCGACGCCAAGCGGUAGCAAAGGCCCGUCGCCGCCUUCUUCAGAUGCCGCAUCGACGACGUCCGGCUCGGCAGGUCGAGGGCAACGGUCUCGUCCUCCUGCGAGCAUCAACAUUCCACCCGUCGGCUCUCCGCACACGCAACGAACGACAUCGCCAGCAACCUCACAAUACACUCCUUCUAUUGCACCCUCCGCCCGCUCCACCGCAACCCACGCGACCCGGCAAACGAACCCCUUCAAACCCUCAUAUACCGCCUCUCUCGCACCGAGCUACGCCGAAGUACACCAAGCGACCUCCGCCGAGCCCAUCGAAGGGCCAACAUCCAUCUUCCUCAACCCGACUCCUCAACCUCGUUCCGUUGCCGAGCUCCUGCCAAAGAAGAAGCUCUCGUCUUUCUUCUCAAAGGGCAAGAGCAAGCUCACGGGUUCGAGCUCGAGUUCGGUGCAGAGCGAGGCGGCAAGGAUGAACGACCCGUCGUAUCGCGGCAGGUCAGCUACGAUCCUCGACGCAGCGCUCGCUUCGUCCGCGACCUGGGCGCAGCGACGCGGCGAGCAGAGUCGAAUGCCGAUCGGUGGAACGUUCGGUCCGCCAGCAGGGUACAGGCCGGCGCACCAGGUCUUGCGGCAGCAGCAGCAGGCGCGAGAAGCGGGAGGCGAGACGCCUCUUGGUCCGGCGAUGAUGGGAGGCGGGACGGAGCAGCCCGUCACGGGCGAAGCGAUCGCUGAAGCGUUUGCGCGGAACCAGGGAAGGAGCGGGAGUAGGAGGAUGAGCAUGGUCUCGCUGCAGUCGACGGCGGAUAUCGCUUCGCCUGCGGGCGGAGCGUUUCCUGUCCGAAGGGAGGUGUUUGCGACGAAGCCGAGGCUGAGACCGUCGGGUGAGGGAUUGCAGUCGACGAGGGAGGAGCCGGCAACGGCCAAGGACGAGGCGAAGAGCGAUAGAGAGGCGGAGCAGAAGGGAUUGGGUAUCUCGUAG